AGGCUAGAGGUUAGGUAGGAGGGGAUGUGUAAGUGUGCCAGGCAUCAGGAUUGAAAUGCUUAGGUUCUCUGGAGCCACAGGUGUGAUGGAUUGACUCACAAGUAGGUGUCUUCAACCUGGUGAUGAGCUGGAGGAGGUGAAUCAAGCCACAAGUUUCCUAAGGAAGGAGAAAGACACCCGGGUCAGCACCUGGAGAAACCCCCAAAUGUGGUUUAAUGGGGACAACCAAUGCUGGGAGCUCAGGUGAUGAUGCAAUAGGCCCCAUGUGUCACCAGGUGGUUAGAGGCAGAGAUCAGCACAAGCAGGACUGGGACGAGGGUAGGCAAGCAGCCACCACAGAGUUAAAGGACUUUUUUGCCAAGGCCCGGAACGGCUCGAUCCGUCUCAUCAAAGUCGUCAUUGAGGAUGAGCAGCUAGUGCUGGGAGCCUACAAGGAAUUGUCUCGCCAUUGGGAUAAAGACUAUGACUCCUUUGUGCUGCCGCUGCUGGAUGAACAACAGCCAUGUUAUAUCCUCUACCGGCUGGACACCCAGAACGCACAGGGCUUUGAGUGGCUCUUCAUCUCCUGGUCCCCUGACAAUUCCCCCGUUAGGCUGAAGAUGCUGUAUGCAGCGACCCGAGCAACAGUGAAAAAAGAAUUUGGAGGAGGACACAUAAAGGAUGAGCUGUUUGGAACAGUUAAGGAAGACCUCUCACUAAGUGGCUACCAGAAGCAUGUGUCGUCUUGCUCUGCCCCAGCCCCGCUGACUGCAGCUGAACAGGAGCUCCAGCAAAUCCGCAUUAAUGAGGUGAAGACUGAGAUCAGUGUGGAGAGUAAACACCAGACUCUGCAGGGCCUGGCUUUCCCGCUGCAGGCUGAUGCGCAGCAGGCCAUCCAGUUGUUAAAGCAGAAGAAAAUCAAUUACAUCCAGCUGAAACUGGAUCUUGAGCGGGAGACUAUUGACCUGGUCCAUACCAAUGCCACGGAGCUAGCAGACCUCCCCAGAAGGAUCCCCCAGGACUCUGCUCGCUAUCAUUUCUUCCUGUAUAAGCACUCUCAUGAGGGAGACUACCUGGAGUCUGUGGUGUUCAUCUAUUCCAUGCCCGGGUACAGGUGCGGCAUUAAGGAGCGUAUGCUGUACUCCAGCUGCAAGAGCCGGCUGCUCGACACUGUGGAGCAGGAGUUCUCCCUGGAGAUUACAAAGAAGAUCGAGAUUGACGACGGAGCCGAGCUGACUGCGGAGUUCCUGUACGACGAGGUCCACCCCAAGCAGCAUGCCUUCAAGCAGGCAUUCGCCAAGCCCAGGGGCCCCGUGGGGAAACGGGGACAGAAGCGACUGAUCAAAGGGCCAGGGGAGAACGGCGAGGACAGUUAGAUCCCAAAGGGCAGGAAGCUGGGUCAGGAACAGGCCUGUGAACUUCCGAUGGAACCCAGAAGGGUCGUUUCCAUGGGAUCCACGUCUCUACUUCUGAGCCUGCCCACUGAACCCAGAGAGGCUUUCCCUCCCCCUCUUCUUUAGUAAAAUCAUGAACACCUGGCUUCAUUUGGGGGGUGGGAGGGGGCAAAGAAUCUGGGGGCAGGGGUCUGUGGGUGUUUUUAUUUUCUUUCCCCCUCGCUCUUUUGUUGUGUAAUUCCUGAGCAGAAUGGUUGUUCUAGUCUGAAAUGAGGUUUAAACUGAUGCUCUUGCGACUUCACCUGCCUUGUGACCUGGUUUACCUGGUGCCUGCACUGUUUGAAGGGCUCACUUACCAAUAAGCCAUGUUAUGCAGCGGCCUUGGAAUUAAAUCCUGGUUGGGAUUGAUCUGAUGGUGAAAGCCAAAGGCUUUCCCCCUCGCCUUGAAUGUGUUGCUACAGACCUCUGCUCUCUGUGUCCAAGUCCCUAAAUCUUGACAACUCCCCUCUGUGGAACAGUCUCCUCAGCUAGCCUGUGCCCUGGUACAUAUGUGCCAGACGGCUGCUUCCCUGAGGAAGGGGCCCAGCAGCUCUACUGGAGUGAGGGAUCUGGGGAACAUGGGGCAGGAACGCUGCCCUGGCAUUCCCAAAAACAGUAGGGCAACUUCACCCUGAGGCUGGCAGGCUUGGCAUGAAUGCACUCAAGGGGCAGGUGGUCUGUGAUCAGUGACCCCCCAAGAGCAAUGGCAUGCUGCCUAGGUGAGUGAAAGCCAGGCAUUUGGGGGCGGAAAGGCUGUGGCUUGCGGUGAGCUGUUCUGUGUUUCACAGUCCAUGAUUUGCCUUGGAUUUGUGUAUCCAGGUAUGAAGGCUCCUCUUGUCACCUCCAUUUCCAUCCACUGGCUUUUCUGACAGAGCAGCCCAGAAGAAGCAACCCUCUGCCCUAGGUCUGUGGCACUGGAUUCUGCUCUACUAAAGACAUUUCAAGCUGUAUCCUACCUGUGAUGUGUGAAAUUCUCUGGCAGGCAGUUAAACCAAGUGCUGUUUUCCCUUUGUCUCAGGUUUGCUUCAUGACAGCUGAGUUGAGAGGACAAGGGAGGCUAGCCCUGAGCCAUCAACCCCUGCUGGCAGCUCUUCUUUGCCUGGGCUUUGAUCCUCUCGCAGCUCCAGCCACCUCACUAGAUCAUGGGUCCAGUGGAGCUGAACCCAGGCAGAUCCACUGGACCCAUGAUCUCCAGUACCUGGCUCUGGGCUGCCUCACCGUACCACACUGGUGCAGGAACGUAUCUCGUGACACUCCCAGCCCACGGCUGCAUUACCAUCCUGCCACCAAGAUCCACUCCUGAACCUCUGACACUCAUUCAGUCCUGAAUUCACUGUCCAAAGCCACAGGGACUUCUGUACACAGGGUAGCAACCCACAGCCAACCAGGUGUGCAUUGUGCAUCCCAGUCCACCCAUAACCUCAUUCAUCCUCACGUGAUGGUUUAACCUUUCGUUAUGCCCAGCAGUUGCAUCCCCAUCCUUCAUUCCAGCACUGCACUCAUCCACCAGGGUAGUGGGGGUAGCCACUUAUAGCUGUGGGCUACAGUGCACUGUCACACUGAUCAUUAACAGUGCGGCUUUGCUGGGCUGUGGGAACAUUAACAGCAGCAGGUUUAUCUGUUGCAUUCUGCACUCUGGUUAGCAGGGCUGUCCGUUCACCCUGACCGGGAGCGCUUGGUGCCUGAAAAAGACUGUUGUAGAUCCAUGUAAACCAGGUUGGGCGAAGGGGUGUCUAGGAAGAGGGUUUCCCAGGGACAGAGGUGAGAGCAGUGGCCCAUGAGGAAAAGUGAGGUGAGCUGUGGUGGUGAUGAGGAAGGAGCAUGUACUGUGCUGUCCAGGCCAACGUAUAUUAGAGUGUCAGGACAGUUGCUGGGAAAGGGGGAGAGUUGCAGUUUUUGAAAAUCCACCUAGUAGAUGUUUGUUCCUGUGGGUCACAAUAUUUAAUGCACACGUCAUUCCGGCCCCUAGGCAGCCUCUGAUUCGUCUGUUUGUAUGACAUCUGAGGGGACUCGGCCUUUUCUACACAGUCUGUUCCAUUAGACUCGAAGCCAUUGUUUAUUUUUGUUCUCUUGGCUGCCAUGGAAACUUUUGAAGGAGCUGUCAGCCAGGUUGAUUUUUGUGCAGCAGGGAUCGUCCCAGUCCCUGAGGAGGAAGAGUCUGGAUUGAGGUCAGCUCGUCCCUUCCUGGCAGGAAAUGGUGGUGGCUUGGUGUACAGCGCAAGACAGGGAGGUGGUGAGGAAGGGAUUUUACCAGCCCCCUGGCUCAGCCCAUCUUUCUCCGUGUUGCUAGGUUUUCAGCAGUCCUUUAGCCCCCAAGAGUUUGGCUGCUGGCCUUACCGCCUGGAGCAGAUCAUGGCAGCGUUGGGGCAGCCGACUUCCUGAUGCCCGUCAGUGGGUUAGGGGUAAGUCUUGACCUGGCAGGAGACAUAGGCAGUCAUUGCCAGGGAUUUUAGCUUAGGGGCCUCACUCACCUUCCCAAGCACAGACUAUCCAACAGGUCCCAGUCUGAGCUGGGUUUUCACCUCCCUGGCUUUUCAGUAGAACUCUUGCGUUUCCUGCCAAGAGUGAUGGGAACUAGUCAGCGGGAUUCUCUUGUGACCAAACCAUGAAAUAUCCAGCCAUGUGGGAGGGAGGGGAGUAUCCCUUCCUCCCUCUCUCUAGAGGUCAAUGGCUUUACAGACCUGGACUCCUGCUUUCCUCGUGAAGUGAUGUAGUUGCAUCUUCUGUGGCUCCUGUUCUAAUUGCACAGCCAUUGCUGACAUUUCUGGAUGUUGCUGAACUGUCCGCCUAUCUGUACCAUAGCUCUGUACCUUUGGGAAAGUUAUGUGAAAGGGUCCACAUAUAGGGUGGGUAUCCUAUGCAUGCAAGGACCUAUUCCACCCAUGUUUUAUAUUGUGCUGUGGGACACUAACACCUGCCAGGGCAUCCCUCUGCCACGGUGAGAUCCAGUGAAUAAGUGAUCUGUGUUAGUUCUGUCAAGGCAGGGGGUUAAUUUGUCAUAUUGGUGCCUCAUGUUAUCCCAUUCCAUCAGGAAUGUGCGCACAAUCCGCUUUUCAGGAGCUUAUAGUAGGCCAGGACAGCAAGUGCUGGAACAGCUGUGUUAGGAGAGUACUAGUCUCUUUCACUGAGCGAGGAAUUGAUCUCCACAUCCUCAUAUGGGCAUGGAGGGUUCAUGGAAAGUGUUUAGGAAGUGUUGGAUUACAUGCUUCUGGCCACCCUUGAUCCCAGGAAAAGACAUGGAGACCUGGUCAUCUUGUAGGCGCUAAGUAUAUCUGGGGUGAUGGUAGCUGUUGACCUAUUCACUGACUUCCGUCUCCUAAGUCUCUCCCCCGUUUUAGAAAAAAGUUAAUCCAUUUUAGAAAAGAGUCUACAGUGUAAACUAGAUCACCCAGACUGUAUCUAGACCUUAUGUUGUUUGGGCUCGUCAGUUAGUUUUGAUCCCAUUGUUGUGCUCUAUUGAUGCAAAAUAUUGUCAUGUAGUAACGGCAAAGGUCCAGAUCAAAUGUAGCUAUAGGACCUAUCAGAACUUCAGUGAGGGAAGAGAGAACCCGUAGCCAGCAUCAGUACUUCCCCUCCGCGCCCCGCUUGUUCCAUAAAGUAACCCCAUGCUUAAGGCAAAUUCUGGUCCUGGAGUAACUGGAAUCAUGUGGGAUGAAGGGGUAACCAUGUAGCCACUUUUCUCCCCCCUCUAAAUUUGUGCCUGGGGUGGAGUUGUUGACUCUGACCACCAGAUGUUUGGGAAAGAUGUCUGGCAGGCCUUGGGCAUGGAGAGUGUCUGGGAUCUUCGGAGGCUCAUUGAGGAACUUAAAGGAGUCAUGUAGCCUGAAGAUCGUCUGCCACUUCCACAAAGGGGCUGUCUGCAGUAGUUCCCUCCCUCACCCCCAUUUCCUUUGAGUUGAAGGAAGGACCACCUACCCCCACUCUGCCCUCAAGUUGCUUUUUUAGGGAGGGCACACUGAUGGAACUGUCCUGAGCUCCUUAGGCUACUGUGUAGAUGUCACAGCAGCCUUGGAGUCACAUUCUCUGAUCCUUCCCUAGAGAGACAGAUGGGGGGGAGAGUGGGACCACAGAGCUCAUUCCAUGAACUCUCUGCCCUCUGAAUAGCUCCAUCAGUCCCUACCAUAGGGCAGCUCUGUAGCCCUUCUGAGUCCCCUUCUACACCAGCUUAAACAUUCUUGGGGUUAGUCAGGCCAACUCAGAGCUGGCAUGUGUGGGAGCAGUGGGCUGAGGUGCUCAUUCCUCCUGCUAGGAUGCUAUCGGGUUGGUUUCUGUCCUGAGGAUGCCAAAUCUACGAAGACCUGGUUUCCAGUCUGUCCUGGGUGUCACGUAGGCCAUCCAGAUGUUGCUGAAUGGUGAAAUUCUUGGUACAACCAGCACCAAAUGGAAUUGAUUUUGAUCUGGGGGCUAUCUCAGCUGCCAACUGCAUGGUUAAGGGUGACUGGACAUGAGCCUCUUCCAUAGGAGGAUGGGGGAUUUCUCAGGGUUCUCUUGAGUCCUCCAGUGCCUACCCAAACGGCACACAUCGGUAGUACUGUGAGCUUGUCUACACUAAGGAUUUUUAGGGGGAAAUUCUCUACUGGUGCUAUCAGUCUUUACAGCUGCAGCAGGGGCAGCCCUAGGCAAGAUUCUGGCAGCUUCUGGAGAUUUUACCAGUAAGUCAUGGUGAUAAAAUUGCCAGGUCAUGUGCUAGAAGUGGCCUCUGCCUUAUGUGCACAAGAGCUGCCGCUGCGCAGCUGAACCAGCGAUAGCCACGUGGCAGACGUAGCCUGUGCGGGAGAGUGGGAGCAGGCUGGGCGGCAGUGUGGGUUUGAGCUUGGGCCGAGGAGAAGCAGAACACACUGUCUUCAACACUGUAUUUUCUAAAGAAUAAAAUAUUUUUAAAACAA